UUGAUAAACUUCCUGUCUCCAAUCCUCGUUGAUCUCAACAACCAUGACAAUACAGGAGAAUAAGUUAAUGCCUAGAACAAAUAAAAGACUUCUGGUAGACUUCCAUAACAUUUAAAAACCUUAACAAGACAUCACAUCUUCCAAAAUACAGCACACCAACGCCUUGAAUAUCCUCUUCACCGUCUCUACUGAAAAAUGCCACUGCUGCAUUCAUUAUCUUAACAAUCUCAAAACACAGUUCACACCAUAGACCAUAUCAUUCUCCCUCCUCCCUUAUCUUUCCUCUUGGUCAAUGAUCAAGCAGCAUACCUUACCCUCCCAUUCUCCCUCUCUAUUACACACACACACACGCUCUCUGACACAAUGACCAUUGAAGCACCAGAACCAAACCCCACGUCAGAUCACAUCUUAGAAUGGUUAGAAGGUUCCAUAUUACACCUUCCAUCAUUCUUUGAUGAUCCAUACUACUCUGGAGACAUCAACGGAGAUUCAUGGUGGGUUGAAGGUCAAGAUCUAGACCAAGAACUAAUCAAUAACAGUUCUACCUCUUUAAACAGCAACUCCACCAUUACCAGUGCCACUAGCACACCACCAACUGAUCCCGUCAGUAGUAAUCAUCCACCACUAUCUGAUUCAUCCAAGAAACGCAAAGUAUCUGAUGAUUUGGUUUCCAAGGGUUCCCAGAACCACCGAAAGAUUCAGAAUCGUCGGAUCAAUGAGGGCGAUGGAAUCGGCGAACAAGGAGUGACAGUUAGGAAAUCAGCUGGAACCAAAAGGGCAACAUCCAAGGCAGCAGGAAGUAACUGUAAUAACGGUAAUAACAAAGAAGGAAGGUGGGCAGAGCAAUUGCUCAACCCAUGUGCUGCAGCCAUCACUGCAGGAAAUUUGAUGCGGGUUCAACACCUCCUGUACGUUCUCCAUGACCUUGCCUCCUCCACUGGUGACGCCAACCACCGACUUGCCACUUAUGGCCUCCGAGCACUAAAGCACCACCUAUCCUCCGGCUUCUCCACUGUUUCAGCAGGGGCUCUUAGUUUUGCUUCUGUUGGACCAAAAUUUUUCCAGAAAACUCUGAUCGAUUUCAACGACAUUAAUCCAUGGUUUCGCAUCCCUAAUAACAUCGUGAACUCCUCGAUUCUCCAAAUACUCACAGAAGAAGAUCGCCCGCAAAACCUUCACAUCCUUGAUAUUGGAGUCUCUCACGGUGUUCAGUGGCCAACACUCCUGGAGGAACUGACACGCCGAUCAGGUGGGCCGCCUCCACUGGUCCGUCUUACUGUUGUUACUCCCACCCCUGACAAUAAUCAAACUGGGGAUACACCAUUUGCAAAUGGUCCACCAGGUCAUAAUUAUUCCUCGCAGCUCCUUGGCUUUGCUAAGGCCAUGCACAUCAAUCUACAGAUUAAUAGACUUGAUAACCUCCCAUUACAGAAUUUGAAUGCUCAAGCCAUUAACUCCUCCCCUGAAGAAACCUUAAUUAUUUGUGCCCAGUUUAGACUCCACAAUCUAAAUCACCACACCCCAGAUACCAGAACAGAGUUCUUAAAAGUAUUGAGGAGUUUGGAGCCAAAAGGGGUGAUUUUGUGUGAGAACAACAUGGAUUGUAGUUGCAACAACUGUGGAGACUAUGAAACAGGAUUCUCAAGGAGAGUGGAGUACUUAUGGAGGUUCUUGGAUUCAACCAGUGCAGCAUUUAAAGGGCGUGAGAGUGAAGAAAGGAGGAUGAUGGAAGGAGAGGCUGCAAAGGCAUUGAUAAACAUAGGGGAGAUGAAUGAAACGAAAGAGAAGUGGUGUGAGAAAAUGAGAGUUGUUGGCUUUGUUGGGAGGAUGUUUGUAGAGGACACCAUUGACGGAGCUCGAGCAUUGUUGAGGAAGUAUGAUAGUAAUUGGGAGAUGAGAGUGGAAGAGAGAGAUGGUUGUGUGGGAUUGUGGUGGAAAGGGCAGCCUGUUUCAUUUUGUUCGCUAUGGAAGAUAAACACAGUACCAAAUGGCAGGGUAUGGACGCCUGAAGCAGCCUAAGAAGCUCGAGAUUUAGAAAUCUCAAGGAAGAGAGGAACUUUGAAAUUUGUAUUGUCUUUAAGGAAGUUAACUUUGAAACCCUAUUUAAUUGUCUAAGUUUCUUAGUGUAUUAUUUAAUCUAAGUUUUCAGAUUUGAAUGAUGCUGGUCAUUGUGUAAUAUGAUGGAU